AGUUAAAAGCAGUGAGACAUCAGGGACCGAGACUGCGGAUACCUGAGAGACCUUUGUCUGAGGGACAGGCUCUUACCCUGCAGGAGUCUUAUGGCCUCUAGCCUGCUUUUAAACAGUUCUUUUUACCCCUGUUAUGCCCCCCUCCCGACUCUCUUUACUCAGUAUCUCUCUGGCCUUAAUGAAAGGAAAUACGGCAAGAUAGGUACGCGAACUGUUGUUGCAUAACCAGAUGAGAAAGCUGAGGUCAGAAAGAUAAACUGAGAAACCCGUUCUGGAAGAGAAGUGCAAGUAUCUGAUGUCCAGAACUUCUCUGAUUGUGUUUGAAUAAGUCACUUGGAGAGAGAGCCCAUAGCUCCAUUGCACCAUGUGUGGUAUUUGGGCCCUCUUUGGCAGUGACGACUGCCUUUCUGUUCAGUGUCUGAGUGCUAUGAAGAUUGCACACAGAGGUCCAGAUGCAUUUCGUUUUGAGAAUGUCAAUGGAUAUACCAACUGCUGCUUUGGAUUUCACCGGUUGGCAGUGGUUGACCAGCUGUUUGGAAUGCAGCCAAUUCGAGUGAAGAAAUAUCCUUACUUGUGGCUGUGUUACAACGGUGAAAUCUAUAACCACAAGAAGCUGCAACACCAUUUUGAAUUUGAAUACCAGACCAAAGUGGAUGGUGAGAUAAUCCUUCAUCUUUAUGACAAAGGAGGAAUUGAGCAAACAGUUUGUAUGUUGGAUGGGGUAUUUGCAUUUAUUUUACUGGAUACUGCCAAUAAGAAAGUAUUCUUGGGCAGAGAUACCUAUGGAGUCAGACCUUUGUUUAAAGCCGUGACAGAAGAUGGAUUUUUGGCCGUGUGUUCAGAAGCUAAAGGUCUCAUUAACUUGAAGCACUCCAUGACUCCUUUUUUAAAAGUGGAGCCUUUUCUCCCAGGACACUAUGAAGUUUUGGAUUUAAAGCCAAAUGGCAAAGUAGCAUCGGUGGAAAUGGUUAAAUAUCAUAACUGUAGAGAUGAGCCUCUGCAUGCCCUGUAUGACAGCGUGGAGAAACUCUUCCCAGGUUUUGAGAUAGAAACUGUGAAGAACAACCUCCGAAUCCUUUUUGACAAUGCCAUUAAGAAACGUUUGAUGACGGACAGAAGGAUUGGCUGCCUUUUAUCAGGUGGCUUGGAUUCCAGUUUGGUUGCUGCCAUCCUGUUGAAGCAGCUAAAAGAGGCCAAAGUACAGUAUCCUCUCCAGACAUUUGCGAUUGGCAUGGAAGACAGUCCCGAUUUACUAGCUGCUAGAAAGGUGGCAAAUCAUAUUGGCAGCGAACACCAUGAAGUCCUCUUUAACUCUGAGGAAGGCAUUCAGGUCCUGGAUGAAGUCAUAUUUUCCUUGGAAACUUACGAUAUUACGACAGUCCGUGCUUCAGUAGGUAUGUACUUAAUUUCAAAGUACAUUCGGAAGAACACGGAUAGCGUAGUGAUCUUCUCUGGAGAAGGUUCAGAUGAACUUACACAGGGUUACAUAUAUUUUCACAAGGCUCCUUCCCCUGAGAAGGCCGAGGAGGAGAGUGAGCGGCUUCUGAAGGAACUGUAUUUGUUUGAUGUUCUCCGAGCAGAUCGAACUACUGCUGCCCAUGGCCUUGAACUGAGAGUCCCCUUCCUGGAUCAUCGAUUUUCUUCCUAUUACAUGUCUCUGCCACCAAAUAUGAAAACCCCCAAGAACGGGAUAGAAAAACAUCUUCUGAGAGAGACCUUUGAGGACUCCAAUCUGAUACCUAAAGAGAUUCUCUGGCGACCAAAAGAAGCCUUCAGUGAUGGAAUAACCUCAGUUAAGAAUUCCUGGUUUAGGAUUUUACAGGAAUACAUUGACCAUCAGGUUGAUGAUGCGGUGAUGGCAAGCGCAGCCCAAAAAUUUGCCGUCAAUACUCCCAAAACGAAAGAAGGCUAUUACUACCGUCAGAUCUUUGAACGCCACUACCCGGGCCGCGCCGACUGGCUGCCUCAUUACUGGAUGCCCAGGUGGACUAGCGCCACGGACCCUUCCGCCCGCACUCUGACCCAUUACAAGGCCACUGCCAAAGCUUAGGUAUUCCUUGAGCCCUGGAGUGAAAGCAAACAUUUCUUCUCAUUGUGAAGGGUAGGGGGCUUGGGGGCAGGAAGGGUCAACGGCCCAGGCUUGCUUGGGUGUGAAAAAAUAAAAGUCUUAAAUCUGAAACAUUGCUCUAGUCAUUUAUAUUCAUAUAGCCCCCUCAUCAGAGGUAGCUAGAAACUGAACAGCUUUCACUGUAUCACAAUAAGAGAGUGAGCUAGGAAAGGGGAAACAGUCUGAUGUUUGGGAAGCCUCACACGCCCUUUCCUGGCAGAGCUACUGGAGAGGGCUUUGGGGUCUCAUGCCAGCGGGGCCUCCUUCCAGGCCUUGCCUCAUCUGCGUGUGGUCCUCCUCUGACCUCCUCCCUUAGUUCUUUCUGCAUUCCUAACAGCUGGCUAGUUACACUCUGGAGAGGUCAGUCCUUUGUAAGACUUUGACAGCUCUAUUUUGUAAGAUAUGUUGACUGAAAACUGCACAGCCUAAAAGUUGAGAAUUAAGUCAUCAGAAAAUCUGCCAAAUAAAACUUAACUUAAGCCCAGAAGACAGCCUCUCAGAUUGUUCUGAGGGACUGGUCCGCAGAGGUAAGGGAGGAGCCAGGAUAUAUAGUUUUUGCAACAAAGACCAGGUAGUCCAGAACAUCAAAAGAUUACUGUUAAAACCAAACAUCUCAGGUUAAUGAAUUUAGUGCAUUUCUCUGUAUAGGAAGAGGCAAGAGUCUGGGCUAAUGGAAGUCAUUCCUUUGGUAUGCAUCUUAACUGUCUAGGGCCAAUAUCCUACUUUUCUCCAUCCUGAAUCCCCUCAGGGUGCACAGUGACAGGUGGCUGAUGGCUUGAUGGCUGCAAUAUCCUUUGCUUACUGAUAUGGCAGACAACAUUUUUCAUCCAGGGAUAGUAAUUUAUAUUUUUUUCUGUUGCGCCAGUGUCUCUUCUGGAACUAUCGUUGUAAAGCACGAGUCAGCAAACUUUUUCAGGGCUAGACAGUAAAUAUUUUCGGCUUUGCAGACCUCUCUUGGAACUGUUCAGCUCUGCCAUAAUGGUGCAAAAGCAGCCACAGACAGUAUGGAAACUAAUGGGCAAGGCCAUAUGCAAACCUAUGGGCAUGGUUGUGUUGUAUUAAAACUUUAUAAAAACAGGCAGUGGGCUGGAUUUGGCCCAUUGGCCAUACCUUGCCAAGCCCUGUUCUAGAGCCAGGCAUUUCUGAUAAAAGGAAAAAGCAUUCCAAAACUAGUUGGAAGAAGAGAAGCUAUAACAAGGAAACAUUCAAUGAACAGGUGGAAUUUCAUUUGACUGCUCAUUGGUUAUUUAGGGACAGGAUUUUGAAAUAUAUUUUAAAGAUGAAUUUAGUUAUUACAAAUUUCUGAAGAGGAAA